CGCUCUGUACAGUUCAAGAAAGCUAUCCAUGAGGAUAACUCAGGAACGAGAAGAAACCUUUCUGCAAUAAACACGAGCUUUUAUCACUGCUGAUUUUUACGGAUCUUCCUAUUUUCCUCGGAUUAUUAAAAGAGCAAACACUGCACAAACAUGCCUGUGUCCAGAAUGAGGAUGAGACCAUGGCUGGAGCAGAUGAUCGAAUCAAACGCCAUCACUGGUCUGACUUGGGUGGAUAAGGAGAAGACAAUGUUCUCUAUUCCCUGGAAGCAUGCUGCUCGCCAUGGUUGGGAGCUGGACAAAGACGCCAGUCUGUUCAAAGAAUGGGCCAUCCAUACAGGCAAAUACACCACUGGCCAGGCUUGCGAUCCCAAAACAUGGAAAGCCAACUUCCGAUGUGCAAUGAACUCCCUGCCUGACAUUGAGGAGGUGAAAGACAAGAGCAUCAACAAAGGCCACCAAGCCAUGCGGGUCUUCAGAAUGCUACCUGCUGUUUCAAAAUGCAGAGACAAAAGAAGCAAGUCCAGGACCACCAAGCUGAGGAAGAAGAGACAAGCAGUCAAGGAAGAGAUGGAGUCAGACUACAGCGAAACCCAGUCUUCUGUAAACACGUGUCCGCCCGAGGAAAGCAUGUCCACUCAGGAAAACACAGUAGACAGCACAGUAAACAUUGACCGGCCAAAAUUCGAGUAUCCAAUUGACGUGCCAGAGUUGUCCCUCCAAGUUGAGAUUGAGACGGAUUUUCUGCAGACCUUUCCCCACAGAUUUGAGGUCUCUCCUGAACACAGCCCUGAUUUGGACUAUGGAGAUGGCGAUAUUAUUCAGAUUUGCCAGUUACUGGAGAAAGACUCACUGUGGAUGAAGAAUUCAGUCAUGGAGAGGUUCCCUCACAAUGAAGCAUGCACCAGUCCAGAGAGCGUGUGGAGUGAAUCUUCCUCAGUCGGCGAACUAGACGACAGUCGAAGGUACACAACACUCGGCUCAGACUUCCAGAGCUCCACAAGUGACGCCUGGAACAACUUUUGCUUUCCGACGAUUUGAGAUCUCAACGACUGGACAGGAGGAUACUCUAAAAUUUUGGACUGUUUUUAGAGCUCUGCCUGUUCACAAGCUCUGACCCUCUAGCCUUUUUCCACCUCCUACUGAAGACCAACCCCCCCCCCCCCCCCCCCACACCCCCACCACCACAUCAAGCUAAAAUGCCACCCACUCUUCUACGUAUGCUGUUUCUUGGUAGCAGUUCAGAGACAGUUGUCCUCAUCUCUCCCAUCCACCGAUGUGAAGUUAUGAAGAACGCUUCUGUGUGACAGAAGCAGAGAUGCUGCGCUUUUAUGGUUUUGGCUGGUUCAAAGCAGUUUUGGUGUCCAUCUUUUUUGUUGUUGACAUUUUCUAUUGUAAAGCUUCUGACUGGGCAUUACACCAUGAUCUACAAUUUGGAAGUAUACCUACCUCAAAUACUAAAAAUUGGGAAAAAAAAAAAGAUUACUGCGUUAAACAUUUGGAAAGUACUUAAGUUAUAGUGCCAUAUAACUAUCACAUGCCUAUUUUUCCGUUAGAUUUACAAGUGAACCUUUGCUAAUGGGGUAGAUACAUUCAUACAUCUUAACUCUUUUGAUUAUCCUGUCAACUUCCAGUGAAAGCACAUUUUAAUGUUUGCUUAAAGCAUUUGUAAAAAGUGUAAAUAUUUGUGUUUGUUUUUUUUACAAAAUAAAAAAAUGCUUUAAAAUA